AUGCAUCUAAAAACUGUCUCAACAGUCGCGUGGGCUGUUGUUAGUGCCGCGAAGAUUACAGAUGUUGAGCCGUGUGCGCAGGUUAGCCAGUUGGUAGCUGAUGCCAACCAAAACAAAAUUAAUGCCAUUGUGCCUCAUGAUCUGGCUCAUCAGUGUUUACUGUCGAUGCCCUUUGACUCGGAUCGUGCCCUUAAUUUCCUGAAUCAGGUCCGCAAGAUCCUCGAGUUUCAGUCAACCAUUGAUAUUCUGAAAAAUCCCCCGUCCGGAUAUACUAUGUCUUCCACGGAUAUCAUCGCCAGAAUGGACACAAUUCUGGCCAAGGCAAAGGGAAAUGGCUUUUCUAGUCAAUUCGACAUGGACCUCGAGGUGAAUAAUGUCAUAAAAUCUGCACAUGAUGGACAUCUUGCAUUCCAGCUAUGUUCACAAUCCAUCUUCACCUAUGGACUAGACCUGCCCCUGGUAUCAAUCUCAACAGAUGGUCUUGCCCUUCCGCAAGUUUACACUUUAAACGAUGCCAAGUUACUGGAGACAAAUUCAAAAGCUGUCUCGCCUCUGAAAUCUAUCAACGGCACCGAUGCAGCCAAGUUCCUAGAAUCAUAUGCCAGCGGGCAGAGUCUCCAAGACCGUGAUGCACAGUAUAACCGAGUGUUCCCUGCACUGGCCCGCAGUGUUACCAAUACUCCCACCGACGCCAACGGAAUCUGGGCCUCUAUCGGCGACUGGACUGAUGGCGCCGAGCUGUCUCUCAAAUUCGCCAAUGGAACAGAAAAGACAGUGCAGAAGACGGCCACACCAAGCGAGCGCUUCUUCGCCUAUGAUGAUGGAACCCAUCUCUGGAACACCGAGUGUAUUCCUCGGGACCUGUCCACGCCCUUGAGUUCAUCCUCCGGUGCAGAGAAAGCAUCAGAAGUACCAGGACUCCCCAGUACCAACUGGCGCACCUCGGCCAAUUCAAUUGCAGGAUAUUUUUCCAACGUCACAGAUCUGCAGGACACGGCAAUCAUCUUCCUACCUACAUUUUCAUCGAGUGCAUCAGAGGUCGCCAAGGUUGCCAUCGAUUUCCUGCAGAAUGCCACAGCGGCCGGGAAGAAGAACGUGCUCAUUGACGUCUCUGCCAAUCCAGGUGGAUACAUGUCCAUCGGUAUCGACUUCUCUCGUAUCUUCUUCCCCGAAGCUACCCCAUACACAGCGACGCGCUUCCGGGCACACGAUGCCGCGAAGUACCUCACUAAAGCAUACUCGAGGGAUACAUCUACCGAUUCGAGUAACGUCUUCGCGUAUAGGCAGAUGGUUCAGCCAAACCAGAAGACAGAUUUCAGCUCUUGGGAGGAUCUUUAUGGCCCGCAUGAUAUUCUUGGGAGUUCGGCUUCUAGUCUAUUCGCUAACUUCAACUACACGUCAACAUCUUCGGAUGUCUUUCCCAUCAAUGGAUAUGGUUCUGUUCCGUUGAAGCCGAGCAAAUCAUUGUUCCCAGCGGAGAAUAUCGCUAUCAUCACGGAUGGCGAUUGCGUCUCAACUUGUGCAUUCUUCGUCAAAUUAAUGAAACGUCAAGGUGUGCGCACUGUCACAUUCGGCGGCCGUCCCCAAAAGGGACCUAUGCAAGGUGUUGGCGGCGUAAAGGGCGGCCAAUCGCUCGGAAUAAACUAUAUCAAUGGUUACAUCCAGCAAGUGAACCAGCUGAUUAGUGAAUCGAUGAAUACUUCAUCGCCAUUGUUGACGGCGUCCGAGUGGAAGGCUUUCAAUGCCUCAAGUCCCAGUACUAAGGCGACACUUUCUUGGAGUGGGAAUUUGAAUCUCAGAAAUGAGUAUGAUCCCGAGGACGGGGAGACUCCGUUGCAGUUUGUUUAUGAGGCUGCUGAGUGUCGCCUCUUUUACACUUUGGAUAAUUAUUUAGAGCGGGAAACCGUUUGGCAGGCUGCUGCGAAGGCUAUGUUUGGAGGUGGAAGUUGUGUGGAGGGUUCGACUCAAGCUAAGGGGAGUCUGGAUGCUUGA